AUGUGGAGUGGUGAUUAGUAUACUGUGCUAGGAGAGGCUGUCUAGUCGGCAGACUCAUGACCGACCGAGAAGCGUGGUCAAACCGUGCUCGGCGCAUUGCAUGACUCGCGACGCGGCCCAGGAGUACCAGAGAAUUCGAAUUCGAAGGCCGCCGUUUGCUGGCUCUAGUAGCUGAAUGAACGAGACAGUGCCCUUAGUGUAGGAGAAUCCGAGAAGUCCGAUACAAGGUAAAAUCUGAUAUGGUGUGAGGUGAGGAGUGGAUUGUAUGGCGCCGAGAUUCGCACCUUGAAUCGCGCUGCGAGCAGUGAUUGGUCAUGAGAGGCCGGUUCAAGCUAAAAACGAGCGCUUCGGUCGGCAACGGUCGCGGUGCGUCCGAGUCUGGAACCAGCCGCACCAAGCGCCCAGCCCUCUCGCUACCGUAUCUUCUCGUUACAGUCACAUGCGGCAGCGCUUUCAUUUUAUUCGCGACCGUGAGUUUGCGGCUCUCUAUCCACUCGCGCUACCGCCAAGGCGCCGCCGAAUCCGGCCGCUUCUUGAGUGAAGCAGAAUCCCUCCCUGCCAAUGAUUCGACGCCACGUGUCAUUAGCGACAGAUUCCCGCACGGUGCAGAAGAGCUGACGUCAGCUGGUUACCAGACAGGCUCAAUCGAACGAUCGCCGGCGAUCGUCUCAGGAUCGGCCGCUUUUCCUGCUGGCGCGGGCAUCAGGAGGAAUGACGGGAUUUGUGACGGAUUCUGGCUUCACGGUAGUAUCUACGUCUUCGGGUUCCACGUCCGCGUUACAGUCAGACUCGCCAUCGUAUCUCUUCCACGCCGCCUCGCCGCGGACCGGGGGAAGCCUCCGCCCCCUGUGGGACUGCACGAUAGUCACACUAGUGAUGGCAGUGGUGGCAGUGGUGGCAGUGGUGGCAGUGGUGGCAGUGGUGGUGACAGCAGUACUGGUGGCAGCAGCAGUGGUGAUGGUGAUGGCAUGUGCAGCAGCACCCAGUGCUGGUCGCCUAAGGACGAUCCGGAUUUCCUGCUUCUCCUCUCCAACCCCUCCUCUUCCUCCCCUUCACCCUCCCCUCCACUCCCCUCCUCACUCUCCCAAUCAGUCUCCUCUCCCACCUCCUCCUCUUCCUCUUCCUCCUCCCUCUCCUCUUCCUCCCCCUCCACCCUCUCCUCCGCACUUCCCCCGCAAGCUGCCACCGCCCCCAUGUACACCCGCCGCCCGCUCUCCCGCACAAUCCGGUCCAAGCUGCUGGCGCGCGUGUAUCUAGACUCCAUGCGUUACCGGGGACCCGGGUUCAAUGCCGUGGCGUGGGUGCGGCAAACGAGGAAGGAGAGGCGAGAGAAGAGGAAAAGGAGGAAGAGGAAGGCGAGGGAGAGGAGGAAGAGGAAGGAGAGGGAGAGGAGGAGGGGGAGGAGGAAUGGGGAUAGGAUGCAGGAAGGGGGGAGAGAGGUAGGGAAGAGGGAGGAAGGGCGGAUUGGGGGGGGGAUGACGGGGGAGCAGGGUGGGGAGGAAGUGGAUGGGGCCGGCGUGAGUGGUACAGUGGGCGGUGUGCUGGGUGUGGCAGGCGUGGGUAGGAGGAGGGGGUUAAAGGCAAUGAACGAAGCUAUUUCAUCCAAGUUCAGCAGCAUCAGUAGCUUUCCUGUCAGUACAGACACCGCCAACGGCAUCACCAGCACCACCAGUACCACCAACACCAGCAACACCAACACUGCCAGCACCAGCAGCACUACCAGCGGCUUCAAUGCACCCCUGUCUUCCCGGGAGAUCCCCCCGCCUACCACGCUCCGCGGCCCCCCGUGCCCGCUCUUUGCAUAUAACUACCCGCGCAUGGCCCACGUGGCGUCGUGCUGGGUGGGCGGCGUGGCGGACGAGAGUGCCGCGGCCGCUUCUGUGCCCACCAGCUGUGAGAGCCCGGCGGAUAAGCAGUGUGAAGGGGGCGAGGAUAAGGUGGAGCUGCCGGCAUGGAACGCACAGCUGCUGCUGCUACAUCGCGUGUACUUGGACGCGUACGGCCGUGUGUUCAACGCAACUCACGUCUUUGACUACAACGCGUGUGGGGGCUACGAGGACCACGACUUCACAUACCACGGAGCCGCCACGCACAGGGGGGGGGUAGAAGCAGGCCGUGAGGGCGCAGAGGGUGCGGAGGAUGGCGGUACGGAGGGGGGGCAACGCGGUGAGGGCUACGAGAGCCGUGAGUUCACGCACCAUGGAGCCACCACCGCUGCGCACAGGGGGGCCCUAGAAGCAGGCCACACGGGCCCAGGGGAUGGUGAUGCGGAGGGGGGGCAAGGCGGUGGUGGCAAUGGCAAAGGCCGUAUGCAGAGGGGUGGUGUGGGUAGCUUGGGUAGCGUGGCAGCUGCCAUUCGUAAAACUCCGGGGCUCACAUGGAGACAAGGCAGGGAGGGAGGUGGGGAGGAAGGCACGGAGGAAGGUGGGGAGGGUGGCAGGGGGGAGGGUAAAGUGCGCCUAAACGCAGGUAGGCCCGUACUCAGUACUAGCGAUGCUGCUGCUGCCGCUGCCGCUGCUGCUGCUGCUGCUGCUGCUGCUGCUGGUAAUGAGAGGCGGAGGAUGGUGGUACACGACAGCAGGCUUGGGGGCAGAGGUCUGCUGAGCGUGCUGUGGAAUAGACCUGGCCGGGGCAGGCGUGGGGCCAGAGGCAUGGACAUGAGCGGUGCUGAGGGGUACUCAGACGCUGCAGCAAUGGCAGCAGGUAUGGCAGCAGGUAUGGCAGCAGUGGCAGAAGUAGAAGAAACAGCAGCAGAACAAGUAACGCCAGUUGAAGAAGAGGCAGCCGAAGAAGAAACGGCAACAGCUUUUGAAACGACAGCGGAAGCACCGGCAGCUGACGGUAUGGAGAUGGCAGGGACAACAAGGGGGGGUUCUGGGGAGCAACAAUGGAGCUACGGACAGAAACGCAGGAGGAAAAGACAGGAGCGGCAUAGAGGACAGAGAAAAGCGACAACAAAAGGAAGAGGAGGGCGAAGAAGAGGAAAGAGAGGAGGAAGGAGAAAGACAAAACAGAUACCUCCAAGCAUGGUCACUCACUUCCCCGCCCUCAUCUCUCUCACGCACCCCUUUGGCUGCAGCAACCACGCCAAUCUGCUCCACCUGCUCCCUGCCGCGCUCUCCCUCGCCCCUCUCCUCUCCGCCCUCCCCCCCUCGGCCCGCAUCCCUGUUGCGUUCUCCGGUCCGCUCCCAGCUCGUGAUGAUGACACUAGUGUCACUGCUGAUGCUGCCGCUGCUGGGACCAGUGGCAGCAGCAGCAGCAGUAGCACUAGUAGCAGUGGUAACAUUCGCAGCACCAGCAGAAGCAGCAGCAGUGGCAGCACUAGCACUAGCACUAGCACUAUCAGCAGUGGUGGCAGCAGCAGCAGCGGGGGGAACAUGAGCGUGGGCGUGAGUCAGUGGGAGCAGGCAGUGGCGAUGGGCACUGUGGAGUUCUUACUAGGGCGUACAGGAACCAGCACGGUAAGGGGGGCAGCGGAAGCAUGGGCAGCAGGGGCAGCAGAGAGCAAGGAGGGGGAUGCAGGAGGGGCUGCUGGGUGGAGUGAAAGGGCAGCUGGGCGGGUGGAGCGGCUGGGAAGACUGGGGCUCAUGGAGGUGCACGAGGUGCACACAGGCGACCUGUUCUUCGCUGAGAGGCUCUUCCUGCCCCUGCACCAGCGCUGUGGGCGUCCCAGCAGGACUCUGUGGGACCGCCUCCGCUCGCUCCACCUGCUGCGCAAGCACACGCCUCCCCUUCUCCCUGCAGAUCCCUCCUUCCCCUCCAUCCCUCCCACGCACUCUGAGGACUUCUCCCCCGGCUCUGACUGGGUGGUGGUUCUUGGGGUGGACGCUCCAUGGGACACGCCUGUAGAGGCACCAGACGCCAUGUAUGCCCCAUGGGAAACACCUGCCAACGCACGGGAUGAUCAGCAAAACGCAAGUCACGACCCUUCACAGUUCCCUCCUCUCGAGACACCUCAUGCCAGCACGCCCCACACUCCCAACCCUCCCCCCCGCCCGCUGGUUCACUCGCUGGGCUUGCUGCAGCGCCUGCAGCAGUGGGCGGGGCGGGGGCGGGUGGUGGAGUACCGGGCUGGCAGCUUGACAGUUGGGCAGCGCAAGGCUUUGUUCGGUAGAGCCCGGCUGCUGGUGGCGGCGCAUGGCUCCGUCCUGCCUGAUAUGGUCUUCAUGCCCCCGGGUGCCACAGUGGUGGAGCUCCGCGUGGCAAGCGAGCCCGACCCAUCCUUCCACCUGUUAGCCGACGCGUGCCACCUGCACUACCACGUCUUCCUGGCAGACGCCUCCUUCAGCGUGCACGAGUCCUCGCACCCGCUCAGCCUCGCCUCGCAGCGCUUGUGGCUGCGCGAACCCAAGGUGCUGCUGCGCACGCUGCGGGCAGAGGUGGGGAGAAUCAAGAGGGAGUGAAGCGCUGAGGGUAUUCGGUUUGGUGGCAGCUUUAUUGCAGCCUCGUUGCAGCUUCGUUGCAGCGUUAUUGGUGCUGCACUGCCUGUCCUGGCAGCACCAGCAUGCAGCAUCCACAGCCUCUUCCUGGCCGACGCCUCCUUCAGCGACCACGAGUCCUCCCACCUUGCAGCGCCUUGCCUUGCAGCGCCUCCAGGGCGCUGCUGCACUGCGCACGCUGCGAGCAGAGGCGGGGAGAAUCAGGACAGAAAGAAGCUCGGGGCAUUUGCGUUGAAGGGAGUUCUAUUUGGUGUCUGGCAGCAUUCUUGCAUGUCAGCCCAUGGGGGGGGAUGAUGAACGGUAUCAGUGGGGCAGAUUGUCAGUCAAUUCAAUCGCAUGUGAGCCUGCGGCGGGGAACAAAUUAUCAGGCUGCUUGCUGUCCAAUGAAUUACAUUUCAUAUGUGCGGUUAUUUAGCAAGUUGCCAGGCAGGCGAGGGGGUGGAUUUCUCUUGCCUGUACUGCAUGUUUCAGAAAAGUUAAUGUAUGCGUACCUACCCCCAACUUUGU